AUGCCGUCGCAGAUCACCCGUUUAACCCUCUUCAAGAUCCCAGAUCCAACUCAUCAACAGCAACUACUAGAAAAAUACCAAACAAUACAGAAGGAUGCGCUCAAGGACGGCAACCCAUACAUCCUCUCCGUCCGAGCAGGUCCGACAAUCGACGACCAACGACGACAGGGCUAUACCGUCGCUGCCGUAUCAACCUUCGCAAGUCUCGAAGAUAUGCGCUAUUACGAUGAGAGGUGCGCAGCACAUGCGGCAUUGAAGGGGCUGGCGAGAACCUUGCAACAGGGGGUAUUGAUGGUAUAUUUUUGA